CUUCGCUACCUCAAACCGAGGAUUUGAUUUCAUAUUUGUAGGUAUAAUACUUCUGGUGAAAAACCUUUAGUCAUGCUAUGUCGUGUGUGCUGAACAGGAAAAAGUUACAUUAUUAUCUGGAAAAUGUCGAAUCAUUUCGAAACCCAAAGCUUGAACUUGAACAGUACUGUACUUCAGCUCACGUUGCAGCUGAUAUCUUGUUUAAUAUUCAAAUGGCCGAUAAUGCCUUGGAAAAUAUGUCAGUCGCCGACUUAGGAUGCGGUACUGGAAUGUUGUCAAUUGGUGCCAAACUACUUGGAGCUAAUUGUGUGUUUGGCUUUGAAAUUGACAACGAUGCUGUAAACGAUUUCCAGUCCAAUUUAGAAGCAUACGAAAUGAUGGAUGAUACUGUAAAUGUUACUUUAUGUGAUGUUACACGGCUUUUUCGUGACAACAAACGUAAACUUGUGGAUACUGCCAUUUUAAAUCCUCCUUUUGGUACUAACCCGGAGAAAAAUGGUAUUGACAUGGCAUUCUUACAUGUUGCGUUGUCGAUCGCUGAUUCACAUGUAUAUUCUCUUCAUAAAACCACUACAAGAAAUCACGUUCUACGUACAAUACACAAUACUGGAGCUCAAGCUAAAGUAGUUGCAGAACUUCGUUUCGACCUGCCUCGUUCCUAUAAACGUCAUCGUCAAGAUACAGUGGACAUUGCUGUGGAUUUAAUUCAUUCAUGGUUUUGAAUAAAUUAUUACUAUUAUUGUUAUUAUUUGAGAAACAUUUUUUGUACUAUAUGCGUAACUCUUUGUAC